AUGCAUCCUGCGGCGGAAAACAAGGAUGCGAACCCUGCACAGCAACCCUCCGACCUAGCAAACUCGGCCAAGGAUCCCACUGAUCUUUCCGCCUCCUCCAUGGACAUCGUAGCUUCCACCGAGCUAGCCGCUGGAGAUUCUGAUGCACCGGGAAACCGCGAGAGUUUCUUCCGUCGAGUUCAAUGGACUCCUGACGGCACAACCUUAAUCGCCUCAACGUCUGACAACCGGUUGUUGGCCUACGUACUGCCGCCAGACCUCCUCGACCCUAACGGCCGACCCCGGACGUUGACGCCGCAGGGCCAACUGCAUCUACCGGAACCCUUCUACUCGGCAGCCGUGUCACCCUACUUCUCCUUGGCCGACCCGCAAACCCACCUUGCACUUCUCGGCUGCAAAGACCACCCCAUCCAGCUCUACCACGUCUUUGCAGACUCCCACUCUUUGCCACCGCUAUGCUCCUACAAGCUCAUCCGACGGGAGACGGAAGAGUACAUUUGCCCCGAGUCACUUUUGUGGUCGUGGCCUGGGACCCAUUUCCUAGCCGGCUCGACAAAUCGCCUCGACCACUUUGACGUAUCACGGACCGGCUCUGACGGUCCCAUCCUGACCAUCCCGACCAUCCCCUCCAAGCGGCAUCUUCUCAAAGGUGGCGGCGUUGGCAUGAAGGGCAUGGUCUCUGCGCUGUCAAGCCAAUACCCGGACGAGUCUGGCGCUUCCAUCGUCGCCGCCGGCACCUGGUCCCGCUGGAUGGGUCUUUACGACGUGACUCGGACAAACAAAGCCGUUGCGAAUUGGAGCAUUCAAGGCGUUGACAAGUCUCACUUCGGCCGAGAUAUCGGAGGCAAUGGCAUCGUCCAAACCAUAUGGAGCCCAUGUGGACGCUAUCUGGCCAUCAACGAGCGACAGGCAAACGGCAUCCUCAUCUACGACGUGCGUGGGACAGGCCAGCCUCUGAGCGUCCUGGUCGGCCGAACCACCAACAGCCAACAGAAAUUGACCUGUGACGUCUUCCCUGGUACUGGCGAAUCAUCCGGUGGUUUCGAGCUUUGGGCGGGAACAGAGACUGGCCAAGUUCUCGUCUUUGAAGCUGUGAGCUGCACAGAGGGCGUUCAUGACAAGUCAUGGGACUGGACCGCUCAUCAAUCACCCGUCGGGAGUUCAGGGGUCCAUCCCACGGGAUCAGCAAUUGCCACUUGCUCAGGCGGAUGGACCAGCCAUGGGGAUGAAGAGUUGAACAAUGGCCUGGGUGUCGCGGGCAAAGAUGGUCAGCCUCAUCUGGCAUCAACAUGCAUCACCUCCGAAUCGUCGCUCAAAGUCUGGACCUUAGCCCAAAGCCAGACGGACCAGUCGGCAGAUGACUCCAAGGGCCCAUGA